AUGUUUUUUCUACAGAGCUGGGUAGCCUGUGGUCAAGGAGGCCAAGUGUCUCUCCUGUUCCGUUCCUUUUCCAAUCCAAGCAGCCGCACGAUGAGUGGGACCUGCUGUGAUCCGGCGUGCGCUGUCUGUAACUACUACUUUGUGUUUUGUAUCCGCAUUGAUCUAACUUCCAGCCACUGUCUGCUGUCAGGUCAAACCUCCACCUAUCACAACUACAAGCAUAUAGUGUUCACCGGUGGGCAUUCCCUCGGCAACGGCUGGAAAAACCCUUUGUCUAAAAGUUUCACUACUUGGAAGGUAAGUUAUUUCGACGUUUGUGGCGUAAAAUAAAUGGAGCUUCAAGGUAGCUUUAGUGGACCGCUGUAAAUACGACACAAAACAUUAUUCUCAAUUAUCUUCAUUGACGUCACGGAACGUGUGUUGCAUAUUACUUCCAUUGUCACGAACUGACUUACUCACUUGAGACAGAUAAACAAACCGCAACAUUCGCUCAAGAGAUUUGAGUUCUUUUUGGCAUGUAAAUGUCGUUUCCUGCUUUUGAUUUUCCCACUAAUGAAAUGAAUGUCACAUUAUUAUCACAGGGUCUUUUGAGUUUUACACUCGACAUCAAGGACUAUGAUUACUUCUCGGCGGCGGAUGACGUGGAUCGCUUCAACUUCAAAGAAGAGCAGAUUGUACCGACUCCAUGGAUGGAAUCAUUAAAGUGGAAAACGAUUUCCCUGGGUGGGCCAGGCCAUCCUUCCACUAUGUCUUUGGCAUAUCACGUGCAGUGUAAUGCAAAUUAUUACGGACCAAAUUGUACAAAGUACUGCCUGGCGAAAGACACCGAUAUUGCAGAACACUAUACUUGCGAUAAAACGUCUGGUGAAUGGGUUUGUCGAGCUGGAUGGCAUAGCGCCAGCUGUAAGGUGUACUGUGUCCCCCAUGAUGAUGCCACACAUGAGCACUACACAUGCGAGUCUGGUACUGGAAGAAAGGUCUGUCUACACGGCUGGUAUGGCUCUAGCUGCAAAGUCCACUGUUUGCCUAGGAAUGACUCUUUGGCAGGUUUUACUUGCAAUUCACAAGGGCAGAAAAUUUGUUUGCGGAAUUGGUUCGGUCAAAAUCAAUGCAAUGUCUAUUGCAAGCCAACCAAUGAUUCAACUUCAGGUUACGCCUGUGACGCAGUUGGGAACAAGCUGUGCUUACAAGGCUGGUAUGGUCCAUCGUGUGAUUGCAAACCAAGAAAUGAUUACUUUAUGGGCUAUACAUGUAACACCACUACGGGAAAAAGAGAAUGCCUGGUGGGAUGGUUUGGAAGAGAUUGCGAUGUUUUUUGUUUUCCAAGAAACGACUCUGGAGGUCAUUUUACCUGUGACAGUGUCACUGGAGCAAAGAAAUGUCUACCAGAGUGGUUUGGUGAGAACUGCACUGUAUUCUGCAAGGCCAGAAAUGAUUCCCUGGGCCAACACGAGUGCGCAGUAAAUGGAAGCCGACUCUGCACAAGGAACUGGUUUGGUCCGAGCUGCCGUAUUUUCUGUGCUGCCAGAAAAGACAACCUGGCUCACUUCACUUGCCAUUCGAAGACGGGGCAUAAAAUAUGCGGGAAAGAUUGGUACGGUGAGAAUUGUAGCACAAAUUGUGUUCCUCAAGACAGCGAUUGGUUUGGUCACUAUAACUGCAGUAAGAUCGACGGAAGCAAACAGUGUCAUGAGUACUGGUACGGUGAACGUUGUACUCGUUUCUGUGCUCCCCACGAUGACUACAGUGGGCAUUACACCUGCAAUGAAAUAAAUGGUAAUAAGGUUUGUUUGAAGAACUGGUUUGGAAGUGAAUGCAAGAGGUACUGUUUAGCAAUGAACGAUUCUCAAGGACACUACUAUUGCAGUGUUGAAGAUGGGACCAAGAUAUGUCUGAAGAACUGGCAUGGACCAAACUGUUCCGUGUACUGUACACCAAGAAAUGACUCCAUGGGACAUUACGGGUGCGAUUCUGAUGACGGCAGUAAAAUAUGUCAUCCCAACUUUUACGGCCGAAAUUGCUCAGCACAUUGUGUUUCAAAACAAAGCGAUUUGUAUGGUUAUUAUGACUGCAAUGUUAAGGAUGGUAGUAAGAUCUGCUACCGUAACUGGUAUGGAAGAAACUGUAGCGUGCAUUGUAAAGGACGAAAUGACUCCCAAGGUCAUUACGAGUGUAAUGCGGUAGAUGGGAGUAUCAGUUGUCACCAAGAUUGGUACGGUCCUCUAUGUAUUGUGCACUGUCGUCCAAGGAACAAUCACGGGGGGCAUUACAUCUGUGACUUCAGAACAGGGAGGAGAAUAUGUCUUCCAGGAUGGAAUGGGGAGUUUUGUGACCAGGGUGAGCAAAUGUGAUGUAAGAUCUAGCAGUGAGAUGGGAACCAGGGUCUGGAAGGGGUGGGGUUCUGAUCACAACAAUCCCGCAUUUUGAACGUCUGUCAUCUCUUCCGAAUACCGCUUUCUUUCUUAUAAAUCAUCCAGCGCCAAGACUUUGGCGAAUUCCG